CCUAUAUGACAUGACAUAUAGAAGUAAAGAGAAAAGAUUGUUCUCGACUUUAAAAAACGUAAUUAUUCGUUUCAUAAUGAUAUUUCCAGUUUAAAAUUUUUGUCACUAAUUUUCAGACCCUUUAAUUUUCUUUUUAAUAACAUAUAACUUGAUUCCAUAACAAAAUUUAAUUACUUUUUUGUAUAAGGUUAAACUGAAAUUGUCAUUGACAAAAGUGUUUUAUAAAAUGUUUUGCUGGGGUAAUGGAACAUAUCACGAAUUAUGCUUAGAUGAUUCUGAAAAUGUUGAUUUGGUUAUUAAACCAACAUUAUCAAAAUGGAGUGAGAGUCAUCAUGUCAGAUGUAUAGCAGCAGGAGAAUUCUUUGUUCUGUACCUCACUAACCAGGGUCACUUAUAUUCAUGUGGAAGUAAUGAGGCAGGACAGCUUGGACGUCACACUGAUUCUAAUGAGGGAAGAAUGCCAGAUCUGGUGGAAAAAUUAAAGGAAUAUAAAAUUUUAUCAAUAGCAUGUGGCCUUCAGCAUUCUCUGGCACUCAAUGAAUGGGGAAUCCCCUAUAGUUGGGGUUGCAAUAGCAUGGGUCAACUUGGUGUAGUGGAUACUGAUUCAAUUUCACACAAUGUUCCCUGUGUAGUGAAAAAACUUGCAACAAAAAAUGUGGUUCAAGUUGCAUGUGGCUCAUAUCAUUCCAUGGCAUUGACAAAUAAUGGAGACCUAUAUGCUUGGGGUGCAAACAGUUAUGGGCAAUGUGGGCUUGGAAAUGUAACAAACAAGGAAAUGAAACCACAACAAAUCACAUCACUGCUUGGUGUACCGAUUGCAUUGAUAGCAUGUGGCAGCAAUCACACAUUUGUUUUAUCUAAAUCUGGUGCUGUCUAUGGCUGGGGAAAAAAUUCUCAUGGUCAACUUGGGCUACAAGAUAAAGAACACAGAUGUUAUCCAUCACAUCUAAAGACAUUAAGGAAUGUUAAAGUAUGUCAUAUAGCAUGUGGAGAAGACUUUACAGUAUUUCUUACACUGGACGGUGGUGUAUUUACAUGUGGCUUUGGGGAAUAUGGACAAACAGGCCAUGGAACUACAAAAGAUGAACUUGUACCAAGACAGGUGAUGGAGCUGAUGGGUAGCACAGUGACGCAAGUGGCAUGUGGGCGGCGCCAUCUACUGUGCCGAGUGGGAGAACGCAUCCUGGCCUGCGGCUACGGCGCGCGCGGUCAGCUCGGUUGUAAACACACCUUAGCUUUGGUGCCUACGCCCGUGUCCUUCGUGCCCAGUGAUGACUCGCCCACUGAAAAUCCAGGUCAAAGCAAGCCGAAGAAGAAACCGAAGGUGGAGCCCACGACAAAUGGUCAGCACAGCAGUGCGGGUGCUUCGAAACGAAAUUUCUCUCCAGACAUAUUCAGUGGACCCAUGAAAGUGUUCGCGGGAGGUGAUCAUAGUUUCCUAAUCACCAAUUGUGACAAAGCGUCCGCUGAUUUCCGGGUGCCAGAACACAACAAACAGAUUCUCACACUGAAUCUGCCAAAGCUUUAUGUUUGCGAAACUGUAAAAGAUGAUGAUGUUGUAAACCAAGAUCUCAUGGCCUAUUUGGAGACUGUAUUCGGUUCGCUGGCGUGCGUGAACGGUUCAUUCCUGCUGGAUAAUAAUGCCCAUUUCGGAUGCAACAAAAAUGUUCCUGGCGUUAACUUAAAAGCUGCCGAAGAAGCCUUCGCAAUAAUUAGCAGAUUCGAAAACACCUCCAUCAAGCAACUAAUAUUUACCCACCUAACAGAGAAUAUAAUAAAGAAAAUGAAGAUAUCUCCGCCAGAUGCAGAAGUACUGAGGAUGUUUCUUAUAUUGCCCUUAUACCACGAAAUGAGGAACCCGCGGCGACAUACAGAAUUACAGGGUCCAUUUGCUGAGGCGUUCAACAAAUUGUCAACAUUACCACAAAAGAUAGUGCAAAAAUGGUGGGAAGCGCAAUCUACCGAAUACUUUGAAAUGCUAGUGGACAUAUUUAAAAGCGUUAUUGUUUAUGAGUUAAUGCAACCAGCGGUGAGAGCCAAUAAGAAAAUAUAUUUUACACACAGCAUUCUUCAAAUCCUAGACACAUUGUCAUUAUUAAAUAAAAUUAAUUUCACCAAUCCAAAGAAACCUAAAAUAUCGGCUGAGUGUUUCUAUGUCGAGGACCUCUGUAGCUACGUAGAUAUCGCAUCGGAUUAUAUUAAUUGGAUCACAGAUAAAAAUCCAUCCCAACCCCAUAUGUGUAAUUACCCAUUUCUGUUCGACGUUCAGUGCAAGUCAUUGCUGUUGAAGGUGGAUCAACAUUUGCAAAUGCAGCUCGCAGUAAACAGGGCAGCCACUCAGAUGCUUUCCCGUUUAAUGUUCGAUCCCACAUAUCUGUAUCAGUAUCAUUCACAGGACCAAUUUCUAAAUCUGACGGUGUCAAGGGAGCAUAUAGUUCGGGACACUAUGAUACAAAUUGGUAGCCACGAUAGUUCGCAGCUUAAAAAACCUCUUAGAAUAGCAUUCGAGGGUGAGGAGGCAGAGGACGCAGGCGGGGUGAAGAAGGAAUUCUUUCAGUUAUUACUAAAGGAGAUAUUUGACCCAGUGUAUGGAAUGUUCAAACAAUCUGAGGAGACCAAUAUGAUUUGGUUUUCCAACAACCCAUUUGAAGACGAUGUUAUGUAUCAAUUAAUUGGUGCAAUAUACGGCCUAGCUAUAUACAAUUCUAUAAUAAUCUACGUACCAUUUCCACUGGUGCUAUAUAAGAAAUUAUUGGGAGAAUCGGUCAUGUUGGAUGAUUUGACGGAUUUGUAUCCAACUCUCGCUAACAGUUUGAAGAACUUAUUGGACUAUCCCGAUGACGAUGUAGAAGAGGUAUUCAGCUUAUGUUUUGCUGUGAACACUGAAGUGUUUGGCCAGAUUGAAGUGCACCUUUUAAAAGAAGACGGUGAGAACGUACCGGUUACGCAUGAGAAUAAAGAGGAGUAUGUCGAGUUGUAUGUGGACUUUUUGCUGAACAAAUCCGUUUCGAAUCAGUUCAAAGCCUUCAAUCAAGGUUUCCAAAAGGUAUGUGGUAGCAACAUUAUAAAAUUGUUCAGAUCCCACGAACUAAUGUCAGUGGUGAUUGGCAAUGAAGAAUAUGAUUGGGAUAUGUUCGAGAACAACUGCGAGUACAAGAAUGGAUAUUUUCCUAACGACCAACAAGUUAGAUGGUUUUGGGAAGUGUUCCAUGAGCUAUCGAUUGAAGACAAGAAAAAGUUCCUACUGUUUUUGACCGGCAGUGAUCGAGUGCCUAUACAGGGGAUGCGUGAUAUAAAAAUCCGAAUCCAGCCUGUAGCAGACGAUAGGUACUUUCCAGUAGCCCAUACAUGUUUUAACUUACUAGACUUGCCUAGGUAUAAAACAAAAGAAAGGCUUAAAUAUCAUUUAAUGCAAGCAAUACAGCAAACACAGGGUUUCUCACUAGUCUGAAUUACGUACCGCGUUAUAUAAGUAAAUUAUCAAAGUAUUCCGACUGUCAACCAUAAGACAACAAUACAGUUACACUUCUGUAUAGAUUUACAAAAAAAGAGACGCUACUUUUAUUAGCACCUUUUCGACUGUAAUAUGCAUAUAAUUAAAUUUGUACUAAUUUCUGAUCAGCCUGUAAUAUUUGUUGUUAUAUUUAAAAGAAACAACGAGAGUUCUUACAAAUUUAUGAAUAUUUUACAUAAGUGUAUGUAUAUAAGUAAUAUUUUACUCCACUCAUGCUUUAUUAUACAACAACUUUUUUUUAUUUUAUUUGGUGAAUCUUUUAUAUACCACUUUUGUAUGGGUUUUGUUUUUUGUAAAUCUAUGCAUUUUGGUCAUAUGUCCGCCCAUGUAAAGACUGAAAUUAUGCCUGUGACGGAUUGACCAUUAACGAACAUCUCAUCUGUUCAAAUUUGAUGCUCAUUUAGGAUAAUUUGAUCACAAUGUGUGAUUUCAAAUAAUUGUGAUAUAAAAUAAAUCUAAUAAUCGCUAAAUUGUUUCUUAUUUAGUUCAAUGGUAGGUAAAUCUAUCAGAAUAUUUGCUUAUAAUCUCAGCGAAACGGAGUUUUACUCUUUUAUAUGAUAUUAAUUGUUCGGCAUUGACUAUGUAAUAUGACAAUAUACCACACCAACUAUACUAUUAAGGAUAAAUUAAGAAGUAUCGCAAAUCAUAGACUUAGUAUAACAUUCUCGCAUUACAGUGUUUUUAUUUUGUCAUUAAUGGUAUUGAAAAUAUGAACAUUUAUCAAUGAAAAAAAUUCAAAGCGAACGGGGUUUUAAAGAGGGCGCUCUAGUCCCUGUGUAUAAAGACUGGUUUAAAGAGGACGUCAUUAUUGAAUUUUUUUCAAUUAUAAAUAUUAAUAUAUUAUUUGUUUUUUUUUUAAAUCUAUAAUUAUAUUCUCAAUAAAAAUAUUCCGUAACUACAUAAAAACAUUUCAAGUGUCUAAUUAUAAUAAGAAUGACAUUGAUAUUAUUUAUGUCGGAAUACUAUUAGUAAUUUAAAAAUAGCUGAAUACUGGAAGCUGUGACAUAACGAGUGUGAAUGGUUAAAGGGAAUUUUUCCUGACUCUUCGCUUCUAGAUUCAGCGUCCUACCUAGAUGUGAUGCAUUUUGCAUUUAUAAUGCACGUUGCUUGAAGCACAGCGUUGUAUAAUCUCAACAUUUGGUGUUUCUGGAACGGGCUUUUUAGUUAACUCAUAAGUGGGUGGCCACACGAAGCCUGCACAUUAGCUAGUUAUGUUAGACGAAUCGCUACAAAUAAUUUUCAAUUUGUUGGUUGCGAGGAACAAAAAUUAUAUUAGUCUACACGUGUGUGUAAAAACGUAUUUAUUAUUAAUUUGUGUGAUAUUUAAUAUAAAAAGGAAAGUAUAUAUAGGAAAGUGAUAACAAUUUUGCUAUUAUUUUUGCCAUUUUCUUAUUCAUAGUUUCAUCUUUUUCUGUAUUUUAUGUGGUAAUAUUGAUCUAACGGAUUGUUGGCUACAUUGGACUAAACAAAGAAAUUAAGUUAACCUUUUGAGUACUCCAGUCGGAUUUAUUUAAUAGUGAACCUGUGUUCGCAUGUUUUUUCCCCCGUUUAUUCAGCUGCAGUAAUAGUGUAAUGCAGUAUACAAUAAAUAAAUAAUAAGUAAAUACAAUUCAGACAGAAUAUAAAACAAACGUUUACAAUAUUUUCAAAUUACUUGUAUUAGCCAGAAAUAUUAAAAAACUAUUGAUUUGGUUCAUAAGCUCAUUAAGCCUAGAGUAACAGAUACAAAAUAAAGCAGUUAAAUGGAUAAACAGAAUUUCCAUGUAAUUUUCUCAAUCUCCUUAUCCUGACAGAUAAUGGCUGAUAUGAUGAUUAUGAUUCCUUUCCAGGUUAAACAAUUUCAGCCAUUAUUAUUUGUACCGUCGGCACUGCCGAUUGACUCCUUUAAUACUGACAAUAAUUUGUUUUAUAAAUUUUGUAGAAUGUUCGUCUAUGGGUUACGAAGCCAAUUUUGUACAUAAUAUGGUUACUUUGUGAUAUUAAAAUUACGCCUCAAAAAUCUUGCUGUUUAUAGUCGAAGCUAAUUUUUGUUAGCCUAUUUAUUGUCUCUUUUCUAUGACACGAUUUAAUAAUUCAUUAUCAAUUAUAAAUAAACAAUCAAUACGUCAUAUAUUGUGGCGAUGCUGUUAAUUGAUUUUUGUCUUGCUUAAUUUUUCAAACAUAAUUUAAAUUAAAAAUAAUUUUGUUCGUGAGAUUUCUUUCAGAUGGAAUAUAAUCAUAUAAAUCAAGUCUGUGGGAUUUAGAAACUUACAGACUAGUAUAUUUUUAUUUCUGGGUUAAGUGUAUUGAAAGGAAUAAUGACUUGUGUAAAGGUUUUAAGAGUAUAUAUAAAUGGAGACUCUAAGUGAUUUUAAUAUUUCUGAUUUUAAAAUUGAGCUACUUUUGGCAUUUUACACUAGGAAUGUAGACUUAUGAUAAAUUAUAUAUAUAUUCUUUAUUAGACUUGUAAAAAAAAUAGCGAUUAUACAUAUGUUUAAAAUUGGGUAACAGGCGUAGCCGCCCGCUACCUUAAAAUGUUUGCAUCGAUAGUGCACUGACCUCGUAGUCUUGAUAUUGUACUGUACGAUUUCUUACGAAAAUUCUUGAAAAUUUGUUUUCCAAUUUUCAAGAGUUUAACUAAUUUGUUUAUAUUGGUUCUGAUGUUUUAUAUAGAACGGUACAUUUAUAAUUUAUUAUUGAUACACGUUUCAUAUAUUUAUAUAUAUUUUUGAUAUACAUAUAAUUAUUAAUUGUUCUGAAUAAUUUAUAUGUAAUCACAUUAAAUCGUGUCAUAUUGGCACUUUGAUGAAUCGAAUUCUAAGACACUGCGCAGACCAAUAAUUACAAUUCUCGUACAUGUUUGUCUCCCAAAAUAGAACAAAAUUGCAUCUCAUAACACAAUAAUCCCCUGGCAAUUGUCUGAAAGGGCAAAAUUUGUGCUCUGCGACUAUGUCUAUACAGGCUCUAGUAUAGCGUUUGUUAUUUUAAACAAUAAUUGUUUUUAUGUUAAAAAUAUGUUAAAUUCUACAUGUCAGAAUAAUAUUUCGGAAAUGUGAUAGUGGAAUGGUAAGCUUGUUGUUUACAUAAUUAGCAAAUAGUCUCAAAAUACUUUGUUGCGUGUAUAAAUAAAACCGAUUGUAGCUUUGCUAGUUCACUGUUGUCGUUUUCUAAAUUAUUUUGGGUGCACCUCAGCCCGGCUGUUUCGGGGUGGUAUGCACGUGUAUGUAUUAUAUAAUAUAACAAUAUAUUUUUGUAUUAAAUGUUGUGUUUUAUUGUGAAUUACUUAUUUAAGGAUCUGAAAGCUUUACAUGUUGUGUAUAACAGAAAUGCAGAUUUAUAAUUUUAAAUGCAUUUUUAAUUUGUAAUCUAAUGUUUAUAAUUUUGGAGAGCUUCAGAUACAGAUUAUAAUAUAUUUUCGUCUAAUUAUAAUUUAUAUUUUUGUAAUCUUACUUUAUUAACUUUCAUUGAAUAAUUAAAAUAAAACUAAUGGUGGCAUUUAUACAAUUUAUUUCAUUAAAAUAAUAAUUACAUAAUAUCGAAACAAAAGCCUUUUCAACAUUUUAUAUACAAAAUAUUUGUGUAAUCUCUUCAUGACUAGUUAAUUUUAAGCAUGGCCGAAUUGGUAGCAAUAAUUUAUUAAUAUAUAUGUAUUAAUAUUAAUUUUGUCAAGCUCUUAUAUAAUUUAUAUGUAUAAACAUCACUGCAUCUUUAUAGAAGUACGGUUAUUUACAUUUGUGAUUAGAAAAGCUGAUUAAAUAUUAUAUCGCAUACGUUCGCAAUGUAUAAAGCCGCACAUUUACAUCGUAUUUAAAGUUUAAUAUAAAAGAAAAUAUAAGUAAGAGAAAUAUAGCAAAAGUGAAAUAUCAUUAAUAUGAUAAUUAAUUUUCACUAAUGAUUUUUUUUAUUUU